AUGUCUUUAUGUGAUUGUGGGUCUCCAUUAAAUGUAUCCAAUGGUAAUUUGCUCUACACCGCAACAACGUUUGGAUCAACUGCUUCUCUUGUCUGUGAUAGAGGAUAUGAUGGAAACGGUACAAUAAGCUGCCUUGACACUGGCAGUUGGGAAACACCACCAAUAUGUUCUGUAAAAGAUUGCGGGUCUCCAUUAAAUGUAUCCAAUGGUAAUUUGCUCUACACCGCAACAACGUUUGGAUCAACUGCUUCACUUGUCUGUGAUAGAGGAUAUGAUGGAAACGGUACAAUAAGCUGCCUUGACACUGGCAGUUGGGAAACACCACCAAUAUGUUCUGUAAAAGACUGUGGGUCUCCAUUAAAUGUAUCCAAUGGUAAUUUGAACUAUACCGCAACAACGUUUGGAUCAACCGCUUCUCUUGUCUGUGAUAAAGGAUUUGGGUAUGAUGGGAAUGGGACAAUAAGCUGCCUUAACACUGGCAGUUGGGAAACACCACCAAAUUGUUCUGUAAAAGGUGUAGAAUGUCCUGAAGGAUGGACCAGUUUCGAAAAAAGUUGUUACCUGUUUGUAGAAGAACUUAUGACAUGGGAAGCUGCCAAAAAUAAAUGCGAAUCAAUAAAAGGAUACCUUGUAGAAAUCAACUCUGCCUCUGAAAACACCUUUUUUAAAGAAACGAUCGGUGAUGCUUAUGUUUGGUUGGGAUUAAACGACAUACAAAAAGAAGGUGAAUUUGUGUGGGAAUAUUCAGGAGCAACAUUUGACAUCUCUGAAGUAGGCAAAGGCAUUAAUUUUAAUAGUGAAAUAACCGAUUGUGUCUAUCAUGGGUAUGCUAGCAAGUGGCUUGUAGAACUUUGUGAUUUCAACAAAAAUUAUAUGUGCGAAAUUUCACCCAAAAAAUGA